GCAGAUAAAUUUUGAGACGAAACAAGGGAUUGGCCAAUACCUUCUGGAACCAGCAGACAUGCAUGCAAUCACAAAGUUUCCUUUCUUAAGUUUCUUUCUCUCUCCCCACCAUGCAUGUGUGUAUCCAUACAUCUAUAAAACAGAGAAGAAGCCUCCACAUCUUUUGGCCAUUGCAAGAAAAUGAAACACUUCUACCAAUUCCAACUGCAGCUUGUCCUCUUCAUAGGUCUUGGCUUAUUGCUGUCUCUUCUUGCUUCAUUUGUUAUGAAGUGCAAUGCCUUGGAAGAUUUCACUGAUACAAGCGAUGUAAGAGACUUCAUUUCCAAUUACGAAAACCGCACUGGCCUCUCCAGAAAGCUUCUGCUAUCUCCGGAUAUUGGCGACGGGACCAAAAGGAUAGGAGAAGAAUGCUCAAAAGAUGAUGUUGUUGUCUUUCAAGGCUCAACGGUUCCACUUCCAAACGGAGUACCAGCAUUUACAGUUGAGAUCUUAAACGCAUGUGCCUCUGAUUGCAGCGUUGCGGAGAUCCACGUCAGUUGUGGCUGGUUCAGCUCGGUCAGACUGGUUAACCCUAGAGUUUUCAGACGACUCUCCUACGAUGAUUGUCUGGUCAAUGAUGGUCAACCUCUUGCUCCUGGACAGACACUCUCCUUUCAGUAUGCUAACAGCUUCGCUUACCCUCUCUCUGUCUCUUCAGUCUCUUGCUUCUAGUUUUAGACGUAUUUUCCACGGAACUCUGCUUCAGUUUUCAUCAAACGAAGAUCUUGGAUUGAGUUUGUGUUCUUCAAACCAAGGUCUUGGUUAGCCUACUAUUGUAAGCCAGUUUAAGUUUAUUAGUGUUAAACUG